UGUACUGGUCAUAUGACUGUACAACCUGUUUAUCUCCACUGUUCUUAUUUAACUGUCCAUGCUGUUUGCCCACAGACACACACGUCAGUGUUUCGGCUGACUCUGCUAAGGCUGCCAGCCUCCUCAGCCCGCUCGGUGUGUUAAAGAUGGCUGGAACAGUUUCAGCCGUCCUGUUGUCAGUCCUGCUGUCCGGUGUGAGCGCCGGAGUGUUUUUCAACCAGAAGCAGCCGUGCUAUGUCCGCACACCGAGGGAAAAUGACUUUGGACUGAAGACUGCUCCACGACCUCAUGAGUAUUUAAACAUUUCUGAACUGCCCAAAUCCUGGGACUGGAGGAACAUUAAUGGCACCAACUUCGUGAGCACGACCCGCAACCAGCACAUACCACAGUACUGUGGCUCCUGCUGGGCCCAUGGCAGCACCAGCGCCAUGGCAGAUCGUAUCAACAUUAAGAGGAAUGGAGCAUGGCCAUCUGCCUAUCUAUCUGUCCAGAAUGUGAUUGACUGUGGCGAUGCCGGCACUUGCCACGGAGGAGAUCACUCUGGCGUUUGGGAGUAUGCUAACAAACACGGGAUCCCAGAUGAGACCUGCAACAACUAUCAGGCUAAAGACCAGAAGUGCAAGCCCUUCAAUGAAUGUGGCACCUGCACCACCUUUGGAGUGUGCAAUAUUGUGAAGAACUACACCCUGUGGAAAGUGGACGAUUUCGGAGCUGUCAGCGGGAGGGAGAAGAUGAUGGCAGAGAUCUACGCUAUAGGGCCUAUCAGCUGUGGGAUUAUGGCCACAGACAAGCUGGAUGCCUACACCGGAGGUCUCUACUCUGAAUAUCAGGAGGAAGCUUUCAUCAACCACAUUGUGUCAGUGGCAGGAUGGGGAGUGGAGGACGGUGUUGAAUACUGGAUUGUACGCAACUCCUGGGGAGAGCCCUGGGGUGAGAAGGGCUGGCUCAGGAUUGUGACCAGUGCUUACAAGGGAGGAAGUGGAAGCAAAUACAACCUGGCGUUGGAGGAGGACUGCAUGUACGGAGACCCAGUUGUCCCCAAAGCCUACCUGUAGAGGAGACCAGCACCCACAGUGUCAGAGGUCGUCACUGUACACCCACUUAUGUCUUCCUGUCUAUGGGCAAAGGAAAACCUUUUAUUUGUAAAAUAUUGGGGAUAAUAGAUAUUAGUUUUUUUUUUUUACAAUUUUAAUCAGGAAGUUGAACUCUCAGUGCCAAGGUCUUCCAGCUGGAUCUCAGACCUGCUUGAAUCAAUGCUGAAUAUGCAAGUUUUACCCCAGUGAAAAGGGUGCUCAAUGGUCUGAACCAUAAACAUUGAGUGGGAGGAGUGAAACACAUCAGUACAACAUGUGUCUGCAAAAUUCAAGCAUUGCAUGCUGAAUAGUCAUUAGUAACACUGAAAAGAUGCAACAGUUUACAUCAUCAAGAGGACAUUGACCACUUUCACAGUUUUAGAUUUUUCCAUUCAUGCCGCCUCAGCCAAAGAACACAGUGCUUAUAAUUUGUCCUGAAAUGUUUUGACACUGAAUGUUUUUAGUGUGUGGUUGUUAAUGUAUUGACAACAUUACACCACACUCUGAUUAAAAAACAGAAACUAAAAUCAAAUUUGAUUGUGCCUUAUAUGCACUGGCAUAUACAUUUAUGUAAUUUUAUAUUUGUUUGUUUUUUUAUGCUUGGCAAUGUACACAGCAGAAAUUCUGGGAAAAUUGCAAUUUUGUGGUUGUUAAACUGUGCCAAUAAACACAGCCCCUUCAAGUGA